AAUAAUUGGGUCGCUCCGAGUUUUGACUGACUCGCAUUCCAGUUGGCAUUCGGCGCGCGUAUAAUCCACAUCAUGUAACCGGAUGUCGGAUGAGGAAAUUCAGACUAAAUUACAGGUUUAAAAAUGUACCAGUGGGGUGAAACUGGACGAAUUCGAGGUCCUGGUUCGGCAGAUUGGCUCUGGAUACCAUCGCCGUGCCGUCUCCGGUACAAGUGUGCGCCGAAGUGCAUGAGAAAUAGGCUCUUCCAUAUCCUCCAGUGGCCAGGACGGUGUUCUUAGCAUGGAACCGAUGAAGCGAACCAUCUUCCAAACAGAGUGCAAUUACUCCUCGGCAUUCCCCACCCUCCAUGAGCAAAUCCAGCGCGAAAUACUCAACAAAGUAGUUGCAAUCGUAGCUCAAAGAUUGUCCGUAAAGUGUAUGAAGUAAAGAAUGUCCGGUUCUAUCGGCUACACAACAACACCUGUGAGCUUGUCCACCUUUUCCGAACUUCAAAGACUGUCCACCAAAGGCCCUUUGGGCUUAUGCGAAUUACAACGAAUUACAUUGAAAUAUUCAGACAAGAAAGAUGGAGCAGAACAAAAAUCCAAAAGACUCUAAGGAUAAUCAAAAAGCGGGUAAAAGUGAUACAAAUCAUAAACCGAAAAGAAUUAGAGAGAUGUCGCAGUCUAGGUCGUCAAAUCGAAGAGCAAGCUUGGCAAAUUCUUGGAAAAGCGCAAAUGCUUUUAUUAAUUUUAUGCAAGAUUUCCGCAAACAAAAUCCAGAUGUUAAAAGUCCUCACACAUUUAGACAAGCUGGCGAAACAUGGCAGAAUAUGUCAAAGGAAGAUAAACAACCCUACGUGGAUGCCGCAAAUGGAGUGAAAAGGCAAAAACUAAGAGACGAUCAAAGUGUUAAAAAACGAAGUGUUACUCCUGCUUCGAAAAAAAAUGCUCUAGCGACGAAGAAAGAGGAGCCAAAAUCAAAAAACCAUGACCCGAACGAAGGAUCAGAUUCAGCAGCAUCUACGGAGGCUCAUACUGAUGAAACAUUAACUGCCGAUGAAUCAGGCGGCGAUGAGUAGACUGAGUUGGCACUUUGUUGGUCUAGAUCUGAAUUCGAUGGACAAGUCUUUAAUUGAAACGGAACAAUAGUUGAGAAAAAUAACGAAAUAAUAGAAUAUUUACCAUCGGACGUUCUACUGAAGGGCAUGCCACAGUUUUCUAGUUCAAUGACAGCCUUGGGAGCUUCGCGAGUCAUGUAGUGAAUAGCGUCUUGGUCGCCAAGCCAGUCGGAUCCUUUGACUGUGUCGUACAUGUGCCAUUGCCAGUUGUCAUCUUCCAUAUUUCCAAGGGCAGCGUUGAUGCCUCCUUGAGCAGCGACAGUGUGAGAUCUCGUGGGAAAUAAUUUAGUGAUUACAGCGGUUUUAAAACCUUCCGCGACUAGGCCAUAAGCUGCUCGAAGACCGGCACCACCAGCUCCGACCACAACAGCAUCGUAUGUGUGGUCCACUAGAGGGUAGUUUUUUGAUACCCCAUCGGACACUUUUGCGUUUUUACCGUCCGGGGUGUAAUGCAGUUGACGACUGGCAAUCAGAGGUAAUCCCAAUUUGUUCUACAAAUUAAAUAAAGAAAAGCGAUUACA